UUGGUCAACAGAAAUCAUUCUCUUGGCCGACGUUUUUUUACAGAAGUAUUAUUAAUUUUAUUUUUAGGCAAUAUUUAUUAGAAAAAUAAUGUGCUAAGAUGGCUGGUUUUGAUUACACUGGUUACAACAGGCCGUAUGGGUUGGAUCCCAACAGAGAAAGCAAUGACUUGUACGAUUCCCGCUAUCAGCAAAUAUACGGAUAUCACACACCUCUAACAGAAGAAUACCAGGGUCCUCCUCUUGUUACGGAUGAUAAUUCUGAAGAAGAUAACAAUGCAUAUGUUACAACAGCCAUUAGUGUUGCCAGUCUAAUCACUGAGAAUCUCCUCAGCCAUCCAUUUAUUGUGUUAAGGAGGCAAUGCCAGGUACACAAUAAUCUCCGCAACUACCAUAUAGUGCCAUACACUUUAAUGCCGGUUGUGGUGAGGCUGCAUCGGCGACAGGACUUCACAACAUUGUGGAAGGGCAUUGGCUCAACCUGCAUUGUCAAAGGGCUCAAUUUGGCUGUGGAAGAUGUGGUGGCUAAGGCAACAGGGUGGCCCAAGGAAGCUUCAAAGUGCAAUUCAGUACUGCAGUUUCUGCAACAUGUUACCCUAAAAUGCAUAAGCCUAGCCAUCAUCACUCCAUUCUACUCGGCAAGUCUAGUGGAAACAGUUCAAAGCGACAUCGCCAGUGACAAGCCAGCUCUCCUGGAUGUGUUCAGAGAAGGUUUCGUGCGUAUACUGGAGUGGGGGACGCCUAGCAGAGGCAGGAUGCUCCCCAUUUGGGCUAUAGUCGGACCAACUGCUGCGUUUGGAGUUACGAAGUAUUUGGCUCACAUAACUUUAAAAAGCAUAACGGUCCGCAUCCUCCGCUUCCAACAGCGCCACCGCCACGAGCUCAGCGACUCGUACAACGUCAACUACAGGCAGUCACAGAACCCGCUCAUCGAGGACAUCAACUUGAAGGCCAACAUCUUCUCCUUUAUUACCAUGGAGAUACUGUUCUAUCCUGUCGAGACUAUCAUACAUAGACUUCAUAUACAGGGUACCAGAACAAUAAUCGACAAUCUCGACACUGGUACGUCCGUGACACCGAUCCUGACCGGCUACGAAGGCUUCAUGGAUUGCUACAACACUACAAUAGCCAAGGAGGGCUUGUCCGGACUCUACAAAGGUUUCGGAGCCCUUGUACUGCAGCUAGCAGCCCAUUUGGCCAUAAUCAAAUUGACAACCUUGGUUGUGUCGGAAGUAUCUAAUCUUCUCAAACCUGCCAAGACUCCCACAAGUGAAGAUUCUGCUCACUCUCAGCAAAAAUACUUGUUUAACUAGAGAUUAUAGAUCAAUUUCGGGAUUUGUUUUAAGAGUAAUACACAGAAAUUAACUCUGUAUAAUUAAUCAAUUUUUAUAUAUGGAUUGAUCAACUAUCUCAUUGUUACUGAGAAAAAUGGUGUAUAGACUAGUUACUUGGUAUGGUGACAACACAGGUUUAUAAUUGUUGUUGAUGUUUUUCAAUAAAUGUUGGAACAAAGUAUAAAUAAAUAGGCACUGAAAAGUACCAGUUGGCACUGCUUUCCUAGGGAAGUCAGAUCUAGGACAUGACACAUUCUUCAUGUGCUGUUUUGCUGACAAAUAGGCAUACCAUGUAGUGCUGCCAUGAGACAAAAUAAUCUUCAAUUAUAGACUUACAGAAAACAACUUAAAAAAUUAAAAUUAUAGAGAUAUACUAUUGACAAUUGUCUAGGUUCUAAAAACAACUGUCUGAAUCAAUACUAAACAUGAGGGUGUGGAUAGCAGGCAGCCCUUGUAUUUGUUUUGCAGCUUAGUUACAAAGAGUUCUAUAUGAGUAUCUUGGAGAGAGCUUCCUGAAAUAGUUUACUAAAAAACCCAUUAAUUCUGCAAUUUGAUAACAAAUUAGAAACAAAGUCAGUAUACAGAUUGUUCUUAACUUAAAAUAUUAGUAAAACUAUGAGAUUCUAGACAAAUGGUAAAUACAAUAAUAACAAAGUGAUUAUUAAAGUCCAAGUCAUCAUAUGGGGCAUUCCAACAACUGAUACAAUAAUUCGAACAAGAAAUAUGGUUUAGUAAUGUAGCUUUAAAUUUAACAGUAUAAUAUAAUUAUACGACAUAUACAUUUCUGCAUAUUGAAGGCCAUAUGCCCAUCCCAUCCUCAGCAAACUAGACAUUUUUUGUGGAAUGCCCAAAAUAUCUACAGGACAAAAAAAAAACAUCUUCAGAAAUAUGAAAGGCAAAUACUUUCCAUUGUCAAAUAACUGAUUGCAUUAAUCUAAUCCUAAUUAUCACAUCUGACUAGGCACAACAACCUUCUUCUCAUAUUCACAAAAACCAUUAUAAUACCAUGUCAUUUCAGAUGAUGUAUAGUCAUUGUUUGUUUUUAUGUUUUUCUACAGUAGAUUGUUAAGUAAAAUGCUUAUAGUUCAAAACUGUAAAAAGAAGUUUUAAUCAUAAAAACCAAGUUGGAAAAAGAGAUUCAAUAAAGAAUUUGUUGCAAUUUU